AUGACGGCUUCUUCUUCCAGCGCUAUGGCGACCCCCAUGCUACUGUUUUCUUGUUUCUGUCUGCUAACGGGUGACAUGUUAUUUGGCUUUGACACAGGAAGCUUUGGGGGGAUACUUGGAAAUCCGGGCUUCGUCAACCAAUUUGGCAUAUUUCAACCAGACACACAUUCCUAUAAGAUCAACUCUCUCAGAACAUCCCUUCUGUCUUCACUGGCAUUUAUUGGAAAAUUCAUCGGCUGCUUUGUCGCGGGACCGGCAAUCGAGAAGUACGGACAUCGCAUCGUAUUUUAUGCUCUUUCCGUUAUCUCGAUCAUCGGCGUCAUCAUUGAAAUCACCGCAGCUGAUACUGGGCCUGGGACUGGGAGGCUGGCACAGUUUAUAGUGGGCCGGAUCGUUGUAUACGUUUCUAUUGGCUUAGUGGAGGUCAAUGUGACGCUCACAGAAUAUGAUUUCUCUAGAACUUAUCAGUCAGAGAUUGUUCCAGCCUCAUUUCGUGGGCUUGUUGUGGUCUCCUUGCAGCUUUUCCUCGUUGCAGGCGGUCUCGUUGCCAGUGGUGCUAACAAGGCCUAUGAGACUGAAACAACUGGGUUUGGCUGGAAAACAAUAACUGGAGUUCAGCUGAUAUUUCCCGUCUUGAUCAUCGUGUGCACCAUAUUUAUACCAAACUCUCCCCGUUGGCUACUCUCUCAGGAUCGGGAUGAUGAUGCUAUCGCCUCUCUGUAUCAACUACGCCCCAAAGAGAAUGGGUCAAGUGGUAAAUGUGAAGCAGAAUUGAGUGAGAUCCGGCAGAGCCUACAUGAAGUAGUACACAAAGCCGCGUGGAUAGACUUGAUCCGAGGAAGCAACCUUCGCCGCACCUCCAUCGUUAUGAUAUUUUACUUCUUUCAACAAGCUACUGGCCAAGCGUUUGUUUCCACCUAUCAAACCAAAUUCUACCAGCAGAAUGGGUUCGCAGAGCAAGCCUAUACCUAUCCUCUUGCGAGUAGUGUUCUUGGCCUCAUUGCUGUGGGUAUGGCUAUGUGUUUCAUUGACAGAUUGGGCCGUCGAUACACCCUCUUCAUGAGCUAUGCCUUCCAGGCCCUGUGGAUGUACGUACUAGCGGGAAUAGGAGGAUUAUCCCACCAGACCCCUGCCUCGCAAAAUUCUAUCGUGGCAGCCUUUAUGUUAUAUCAGUUAUUCUACAACGCUGGUGGGGCCUCCAUUCCAUACCUACUAGGAGCAGAGAUCCCAAAUGCUGCUGUUCGGGAAAAGACGCAGUCGAUUGGUACUGCAUGGAAUGUCAUUUGGGCGUUCGUGACCAAUUUUGUCAUCCCGUAUCUGAUGGAGCGCAUUCACUUUGGUGUUGGGUGGGUGUUUGGCAGUGUGUCUCUUGUGGCAUUGCUAUAUACAUUCUUCUUUCUUCCAGAGACUAAGGUCAGCUCAUAA